AUGCAUCCGGGAGUUCUGGAGAAUAUGCCUGUGCAGCAACCUUCGCCGAUCGUAAGACUCGUCCACAAAUGGCGUGAGGCUGGCCAAGCGAUAGAAGCUGCCUUGGGUACCCGGCCGCCUCCUCCCCCGCCCUCCUCCGGAAGUCCUUCCUCCUCCACCGGGGCCCGGACCCCGUAUCGUCAUCUCUCUAUCCUCGUCCCCAUUGCGCCUGCGUCUCAUGCUACCGGUGCCCCGACAGUGAUUCCUUCCUCCUCCACCGCGUCUUCUUCUGCGACUCCUGCCUCUUCCGGCGCCGAAGCAGCAUUUCCGUUUAUCACCACUGCCCUAAGAGCGCCUCCUCAGGCCCCCACCGGCGCCCCACCAGCCCCUUCCCAUGUCCCCACCGGCGCCCCAACACCGACUCCUCAUGUCCCCACCGGCGCCCCGACUGAGACGCCGUCCUCUGUCUCCACAGGCGCCCCGACUGAGACGCCGUCCUCUGUCUCCACCGGCGCCCCAACACCGCCUGCUCAUGACCCCACCGGCGCCCCAACACCGACUCCUCAUGUCCCCACCGGCGCCCCAACACCGCCUGCUCAUGACCCCACCGGCGCCCCAACACCGCCUGCUCAUGUCCCCACCGGCGCCCCAACACCGACUCCUCAUGUCCCCACCGGCGCCCCGACUGAGACGCCGUCCUCUGUCUCCACAGGCGUUCCUGCCCCUCCGUUGGUCACAGGUUCCCGUAAAAGAAAAGUUCGUUCUCCCUGGCUGGGCCCUCCUAAAAAGCGGGUUUCUCCUGCCCCGACAAGCGCCCCAACCGCGUCUCUUGUCUCUACCCGCGCUCCGUCUCCGCCUACCCCCCCCACUGAGCCUCGACCAUAG